GUCGCUUUAUGAUGACAAGCCGUUUCAGUCGUAAACAUGGAGGAGAGGGAAGCACUGAAGAGACAAAUUGAACUUUUACAAAAUCUCAUCAAUAAGCAUAAGAGCAUUCAUGGUGAUGCGCCAUUUACUGGAAGUGAGCAGAGCCAUCCUGAGGCUUCAGCAUCAGCCAGAGGCAGAGGUCAGAGUACAUCUGUUGUCCAUCCUCACAGCUCCAGAGGUCGGCCGUAUUAUCCUCAGAGCAGAGGAAGCUGGAAGAAAACGUACUCGCUGAGAAAUAAGAGCCCCCAAUCGUCAGUUGGACAUCCUUCAGCUUCUACCUCCUCCUCCUUCUCUGUUCACCAGUCUUCUUCCCAAAGUACCACUCACAGCAUCUCACUGCCCAGCCACAGCAGAGGAAAGGAGAGUGAUGCCACUUCAUCAUCAGAGAUUGCUCAACAGAAGAAAAAGGGACAUAUAAACAUCAAAAAUACAGAUACUCUUAGAAAAUUAGGUGCAGUGGUAUCACAGGAUGAAAAUAAAAAACAAGCUUCAUGUUCAACAGGGACUAGUGUGCAACAUGAAACUCUACUCAAAAACUCUCAAGAAUUUCAGCAGAAGACUGACAGCAGACAUGUAGUCCUGCCAGGAAAAAAUACUGGUUGUUCUUCAGUAGUGCCAUCAUCAGCCAAAGCAAACAUCUCAGCCAGUUUGCAGAGCACCUCCAAAGUACAGAUCCAGUCAUCCCUGACCAGCAAAACCACCACUGCGACUAAACAGACCAUUAGUACUGCAACUCCAGCAGUUGUCCCAGCUCUAAAUUCCACACCAGGUUUGUCCGCUCUGUCAAAAGUAGUGAAGCCACUUUCCCUUAACCCCUCAUCCCAGAACAGCCAGGCCCAAAUCAGUACAUCUUUUUUGAAAAAAUCCAAGUUCAAAUGGGUAAAAAGCCAGGCCAUUCCCUCCAUCGCAGGUAAGGUUGUUGCCCCAACAUCAGUCUUAAAGGCUGGAAUUGCCAGUGGAAGUCCUUCAGUCAGUAAGAGAACCCCGGCUAAGAAGAUGGCUCGAAAGCUCAGCCCAGUCAGUGUAGCCCAGAAGACCUCAAAGUACAAAUGGGUCUCCUCUGCUGGAGCCCAAGCUAAGACACCUCGAAAGUCUCUGUCUCCCAAAGCUUUGACUCCUGCUCAGAGAAUCCUGGAAAAGGGCGACACCUCCAAGAGACUUAAACCAUGUGCUUUUCCUUCUACAAAAUUGAAAAAGGGAACUGUAGGCUGCUCUACCAGUUCUCCACUUAGCAGCCGUUACCGUUGGAAGGCUGGGGGGCAGAGUGCCUCUGUGGUAGUGACAGAAGGGGCCACAGUGGCCCGUCGUAGAUCUGCCUUCCACUGGACUGCAGAGAAAAGCAACAAAGGACUGAAGGCAGGUCUGGUUGUUUCCCCAACUUUUCCUCAACGUGCCUCCUCUUCAUCGUCUCCCGGAGGGUUCAAGCUCCGCAGCAGGAUGAAAAUCAUUCGGAAAGCUGCUAGCAGUGGCAGUGGGUCAGAGAGGGGGAGCGGCCCGUCACCUCUAAAGUUCUUCCCACGAGGCCGAAUACACACCUUCACCAGGAGUCCCAUGGGAGUUAGGAGGACACCCUCCAGGGAACUUGUCUCUUUUGGUAGACACAAAUUGAGGCGGCUAUCUCCCACAUUAUCACGGACAAAUCCCGCCUCUUCCUUCCAUCGUAGCCCCGCCUCCCAACGGGUGUUCAGGACUCACUACAAGAUGGUGACCCGCCCGGGGUUCAGCACCAUGCACACGUUGCACUAUAAUCCAGCCCUCUCCUGGCGAACCAAGAGGAUCCAGUCUGCCAGGAAUUUCCUUCAGAGCCGACUUCGAGCUCCCCAUGGUAGACACCCAUCACCCACCCAGCAGUGGAGAGGAAGCGACAUGUGCUGGAUUCGUGGUUCUUUGUACCGUGUGUCGGCCAAUAAGCUGUCCCGCACCGCUAACAUGUCAAUCAACCGAACAGGACAGUUCUCCAGCUCCCAGGGUUCACACAUGACUCCUGCCAUGCCACGGCCCUCCAGCACUCGGCACUUAGCCAGCCGGGCAGUCCAGCGGAGUCUUGCCAUCAUUAGACAUGCUCGUCAGAAGAAGCAGCAAAAGCAGUAUUGCAUGUACUACAACCGCUUCGGCAAAUGUAACCGUGGCACAAGCUGUCCCUACAUACACGACCCGGACAAGGUGGCCGUCUGCACCAGAUUUUUGAGAGGGACGUGCAAGCAGGCAGAUGGCGUCUGCCCGUUCUCCCAUAAGUUGGCGAAGGAGAAGAUGCCAGUGUGUUCCUACUUCCUCAAGGGCAUCUGUAACAACAGUGACUGUCCCUACAGUCAUGUCUAUGUCUCCCGCAACGCUGAAGUGUGUGAGGAUUUUGUCAGAGGCUACUGUCCUGCAGGAGAGAAGUGUAAGAAGAAGCACACUCUGGUGUGUCCAGACUUCUCUAAAACUGGCUCCUGCCCGCGGGGUUCCCGCUGUAAGCUGCAACACCGCCAACGAGUCAAACGAAGCGCCAGCAACACCUCCACCACUCCAGCCAAGAAAGCACGCCCUAAGGAGCCUUUGAAAAGGCCUUGUCUGUCUGUCGUCAUGCCACAGGACCCUCAGACAGCUUCAGGGACGCCCACUCUGGCACUGCCAUCGUUCAUCUCCCUGUCCAGCUCUCCAGAGGAGGCAGAUGCACCAGACACACCACCAGUGGACACUUCACAAGUCAAGGGGAAAAAGCUGCAGAUCAAGCCUCGGCUGUAAGACUGCAGAGACCAGCAACAAUGGAGGUGAAAAGAUCUUACUGAUAAGUGAUUUUUAGGUUUGUCCUGGCAGAUAUAUUCCUGUCUCUUCCCUUUGACUGAUUUCACUCAGGGCCUGAGAGUUUUUUCUUUAUUGAAAAACUUGGUUUACGUAAAUACUUGGGUGUUUACAGCACAGUUUUUUUUCAUCAGGUUUUGUAAAUUUUAAAAAGAAAAAUAAAGAAUCAGCUUUUCA